ACAGACAUCAGCAAAGACUUCCUUCACACACACGCACAAGCUCACUCUCUCUCCUUCCCUGCUUGUGGAAACAGCCCUUUUGUACCAUACGCUAGCAUGUCCGACAAGCCAGAUCUCACAGAGAUUGCAAGGUUUGACAAAACCAAGCUGAAGAAGACGGAGACAAAAGAGAAGAACCCUCUGCCCACUAAAGAGACUAUUGAACAGGAGAGAAAAGGAGAUACAAGCCCCUAACCUGAUGGAGAAGAGGAAGGCCAAGCACAACAGAUGCACCUUUGAUGGCACAUUAAAUAUUAUUUAGCUAUUAUCUAUUUAUGUUUUCUUUUUAAAUUUUAAGGGUAUUACUGCCCCUUGUGAUGCAUGGUUACUAUGGUAAAGUCACCUUCAAAAAACAAGAGUAACAGGAUAGUGCUUGAACAUGGAUCUUUUAACAAAUUUAAUUAAUAGCAACUUUCUUAAUAAAAAUCUUCACGAAAUAAAGGCAAAAUAUGAACACA